AUGAUCGAACCCAUUGGGAAUCAGUACAUUGUGGCCAGGCCAGUGUAUUCUUCAAAUGCGUUUGGGGAAGAACAUAAGAAGAAAGACAGAUAUCAUAAGACAUUUCUGGAUCAUCUCAAAUUAUGUUGUAGCUGUUCCACACAAAAGGCCAAGAGAAUUGUCCUCUCUUUGUUCCCCGUUGUAUCUUGGUUACCUGGGUAUCGGCUAAAGGAAUGGCUGCUCAGUGACAUUGUUUCUGGUAUCAGCACAGGGCUUGUGGCUGUACUACAAGGGUUAGCAUUUGCUCUGCUGGUCAACAUCUCUCCAAUCUAUGGGCUGUAUGCGGCCUUUUUCCCAGGCAUAGUCUACUUUUUCUUGGGCACUUCUAGACACAUAUCUGUGGGUCCGUUUCCAAUUCUGAGUACGAUGUUGGGAGCAGUAGUUUCAAGCAUGGCCACAGAUGCCAGUACGAAUACUACACAAUCGUCAAAUAGUUCAGCAAUUGAUAGUUCGUCAUCGAUGGAUCAGAAGGUGAUGGUGGCUGCAACAGUCACAGUAAUUUCUGGAAUCAUCCAGUUGAUCCUGGGGGUUCUGCGGAUUGGAUUUGUAGUGAUAUACUUAUCUGAGUCCCUAAUCAGUGGCUUCACCACUGCUGCUGCUGUUCAUGUUUUGGUUUCCCAGCUCAAAUUCAUUCUUCAGCUGACAGUCCCAUCACACACAGAUCCAUUUUCACUUUUCAAAACACUAGUGUCCAUAUUCACACAAAUAGGGAAUACUAAUAUUGCAGACCUUGUGACGGCCCUGAUUGUCCUGUUGAUCGUAUCUGUGGCUAAAGAAAUAAAUCAGCGCUUCAAAGACAAACUUCCAGUGCCUAUCCCAAUUGAAUUCAUCGUGACUGUGAUUGCAGCAGGUAUAUCCUAUGGCUGUGACUUCCAAACCAAGUUUAAUGUGGCUGUGGUUGGGGACAUGCAAGGAGGAUUUGAGCCCCCUAUUACACCUGACAUGACGAUUUUCGCAUCAACCAUAGGAGAUAGCUUCGGCAUUGCACUCGUUGCCUUUGCAGUGGCAUUUUCUGUUGCCAGCGUCUAUUCCCUCAAACACGAUUACCAGCUUGAUGGCAGUCAGGAGUUAAUAGCCUUGGGAAUAGGUAACAUACUUAGUGGAGCAUUCAGAGGAUUUGCGGGGAGUACCGCCCUCUCCAGAUCCGCGGUUCAGGAGAGCACAGGAGGCAAAACCCAGAUUGCUGGGCUUAUCUCCAUUGUCGUUGUGCUGAUUGUCAUUGUAGGCAUUGGAUUUCUUCUGGAGCCACUACAAAAGUCUGUCCUGGCAGCUUUAGCACUCGGAAACUUAAAGGGAAUGCUGAUGCAGUUUGCUGAAAUAGGCAGAUUGUGGAAAAAGGAUAAAUAUGAUUGUCUAAUUUGGAUCGUGACCUUCAUCUUUGCCAUUGUCCUAGGACUCGGGUUAGGUCUGGCAGCUAGCGUGGCAUUUCAGCUGCUAACCAUCGUGUUCAGGACCCAAUUUCCAAAAUGCACCACACUGGCUAACGUUGGAAGGAGCAACAUCUAUAAGAAUAGAAAAGAUUAUUUUGAUAUGUAUGAGCCAGAAGGAGUGAAAAUUUUCAGAUGUCCAUCUCCUAUCUACUUUGCAAACAUUCGUUUCUUUAGGCAGAAACUUCUAGAUGCUGUUGGCUUUAGUCCACUCCGCGUUCUACGCAAGCGCAACAAAGCUGUGAAGAAAAUCCGAAAACUGCAGAAGCAAGGCCUGCUGCAAGUGACACCAAAAGGAGUUAUCUGCACCAUCGACACCAUAAAGGAUUCCGAUGAAGAGCUGGACAACAAUCAUAUAGAAGAACUGGACCAGCCCAUCAACACCACAGACCUGCCCUUCCAGAUCGACUGGAAUGGCGAUCUUCCCAUCAACAUCAACGUCCCCAGAAUCAGCCUCCACAGCCUCAUUCUCGAUUUUUCAGCAGUGUCCUUUCUGGAUGUUUCUUCAAUGAGGGGUCUCAAAAAGAUAUUACAAGAAUUUAUCAGGAUCAACGUAGACGUGUAUAUUGUUGGAACUGAUGAUGAUUUCACUGAGAAGCUUACUCGCUGUAAAUUUUUUGACGAUGAAGUCCAGAGCUCAAUGGUUUUCUUAACAAUCCAUGAUGCUGUUUUGCAUAUUUUGAUGAAGAAAGAUUACAGUACCUCAAAGUUUAAUGCCAUUCAGGAAAAAGAAAUGAAACCUGAUUUUACCAUAAAUACAAAUGGAAGAUUACGUAAACGGGACUUUCAGGUACCAAUUGAAACGAGAUUCUAA